GGACCUUCCAUUCAUCCAUUUAUAUGAACAGCUGAAAGCACUUUGCGGCAGGUGCAAUGAAGCUUCUCUCUAAACUCCCACCCGUUUUAAAGUCCGCCAGUGCCCCCAAAUGGCCGUAUCCCAUCAAAAGCCAAGCCAGCAGCGGAUUGCCAUUUAUAGAUUUCUCAGAAUUUGAAGAUAUAUACAAAAAUGUUCCUGAGCAUUUCAAUUUUGCAAAGGAUGUCCUGGAUAAAUGGAGCCAAAAGGAGAAGGAUGGAAAAAGACCUUCCAACCCAGCUCUCUGGUGGGUAGAUGAGACGGGAGAAGAGGUGCGGUGGAGCUUUGAGGAGCUGGGAUUCCACUCCAGGAAAGUGGCGAACGCUCUCUCGGAGGGAUGCAAUUUGCAGAAAGGAGAGAGGCUCCUUGUGAUUCUCCCAAGGAUACCAGAAUGGUGGCUGGUCACUGUGGGCUGUCUGAGGGCAGGCAUUAUCUAUAUUCCAGCAACAAUCCAGCUGACAGCUAAAGACAUACUGUACAGGCUCCAAGUCUCUAAGGCCAAAUGCAUCGUUACAAAUGAUGCCUUGGCUCCAUUAGUAGAUUCUGUAGCAUCUGAAUGCUCUUCACUGAAGAGCCGGGUGCUGGUCUCCAAAGGGAAAAGGAGAGAAGGAUGGUUGAACUUCCAUGACUUGGUCGAAGCUGCACAUGACAACCAUCAGCCUGUUAAAACCAAGAGCCAAGACCCAAUGAGCAUCUUUUUUACUAGUGGCACAACAGGUUAUCCCAAAAUGGUUCAACAUUCUUGCAGUAGUUUGGGGAUUGGAUUGAACUUUUCUGGCAGGAGCUGGAUGAAUCUGAAUCCCUCAAGCACGAUGUGGGGUGUUUCUGAUACCGGCUGGGUCAAGUUUGUCUUUGGCAGUCUGUAUGGCACAUGGAGUCAAGGGGCUUGCGUCUUUUCACACGGCAAGAUGCAGUUUGACUCAACAGUGGUUCUAAAUUGUCUCUCCAAGUAUCCAGUGACGACUUUCUGUGGCACCCCAACGAUUUUCCGCAUGCUGUUGAAGCACGAUGUUAGCAGAUACAAAUUCAAGAGUCUGAAGACCUGUCUGAGUGGAGGGGAACCUAUCAACCCUGAAGUAAUGGGAAAAUGGAAAGCUCAGACAGGACUGGAGAUCUAUGAAGGCUAUGGGCAGUCAGAGACCAUUUUGGUGUGUGGAACCACAAGAGAGAUGGAAGUUAAGCCUGGGUUUAUGGGAAAGCCUCUCCCGCCCUUCGAUGUCCAGAUAAUCGAUGAACAUGGCAAGCACCUACCACCUGGAGAAGAAGGAGACAUUGCCAUUAGAAUCAAACCCGAAAGACCUUUAGGGCUCUUCUCUGGCUAUUUGGAUGAUCCCGUGAAAACCGCUUCCACGGAACGUGGAGACUUCUAUAUUACUGGAGACAGAGGGAUAAUGGCUGAAGAUGGCUACAUCCGCUUUAUCGCAAGAGCUGACGAUGUCAUCUUAUCCUCUGGGUAUCGCAUUGGGCCAUUUGAAGUGGAAUAUGCCUUGUCAGAGCACCCAGCAGUAGCCGAAACAGCUGUGAUCAGCAGUCCAGAUGCCAUCAGAGGAGAGGUUGUGAAAGCUCUCAUCAUCCUGACCCCUGCCUAUGAGUCCCAUGAUAAAGACAAAUUAAUUCGUGAACUUCAAGAACAUGUCAAGAAAACCACAGCUCCAUACAAGUAUCCCAGAAAGAUCGAGUUUGUUCAAGACCUGCCCAAGACAAUUUCUGGAAAAAUCCAAAGGAAAGAGUUGAGAAGGAAAGAAUGGGAGAAAGCCCAGUGACAUUCACAAGCCAAAAAGAGACUGAUGGUUGUUUGACAACACAACACUCUCAAGAGCGGAUGAUGAUGAUCUGUUUGCUGAUGUGGCUAUUGGAGUCUAGUUGCAUUGUCAUGCUUUUCAAACAUCAACUCACUCAACUAUCAUCGUCAUUCAUAAAAUGGAGAUGAAUAAAUA